AUGAACCUCACCUCGGGCGCGAGCGUCGAGCGCCUGCUGUCGCUCGAUAACAUCCGCGGACAGCUGAUCCGGUUGGAGGACACUAUCAUUUUCCUCCUCAUCGAGCGCGGCCAGUUUGCCUACAACAAGCGCAUCUACGAGACGGGCGCGUUCAAGUCCCAGAUCGGAUGGGAGGGCAGCUGGCUCGAGUGGUUCCUGUUCGAGAUUGAGAGCUUCCACGCCAAGGCGCGCCGUUACACCAGCCCGGACGAGUACCCCUUCACGCCCAUUGACAAGCUCCCCAAGCCGAUCAUCGAUGUGCAGGACUACCCGGUCCUCUUGCACCCCCAGUCGGCGUCGCACCCGUCUGUCAAUGCCAACUCGCGCAUUCUCGACUUUUACGUCAACCACAUCGUGCCCGGCAUCACCGAGGUGACCCCCGGCUCGCCCCGCCGCGGCCCGUCCGCCAUUGCCGAGGGCACCGUCCCGGCCCUGGACGAUGGCAACUAUGGCAGUGCGGCGACGAGGGAUGUCGAGGUGCUGCAGGCGCUGAGCCGUCGUAUCCACUUUGGCAUGUUCGUCUCGGAGUCAAAGUUCCAGGAAGCCCCAUGGGAUUUCAUCCCCCACAUUCUCUCCAACCCACCCAACACGGCCGCGCUCGAGGCUCUCAUCACCAAGCCCGAGGUCGAGGCGCGCCUCCUCGUGCGCCUGGCCAACAAGGCCCGCGUGUACGGCUGCGAGAUGGACGCCGACGGCCGCGUCGUCACCGCUGCCCACUCGCAGCAGACUGGCGGCAAGAUUGACAUUGAGCAGGUCGUGAGGCUUUACCGCGACUGGGUCAUCCCCCUUACCAAGGACGUGGAGCUGAUGGGCGCUGUGACCUUGGACGUUGCUGACAUUCACCCCCAGGUCGACUACCUCGUCCACCGCCUGGACGGCGUGUCGCAGGAGCAGAUUGACACAUGGCUGGCCGCCGGCAAGAAGAACUAA